CCUUAAAAAAAAAGAACUAAGCUGUUUUCUAAACUCUGGAAACGUCAUUCUCCCACAGUCUUUACUCCGGUUCACUUCUAAGUUGUUUUGGAUGUCUGCAGCACGGAGCGUGUGUGAUUUGGUGUACAGCUUGGCAGAGGAAAAUGACUUCCAGCAGGUCCUGGAAAUCUGCAGUGACGCCUUCAAUGGACUGGACUACAUGCCUGUCACCUUUCACCGCUGGCUGCACGAGCCCGGACGCCUCGUCUUCAUCGCAAGGAUAAAGACCAGGGUGGUGGCUCUAGAGUCUGCUCUGCUGGUAGACGGGGGUCAGACGGUUGUUUUUCAGGGGCUCAGGGUGGCAUCUGACCUGAGGGGCUGUGGCAUCGCCAGUGCCCUGCAGAGGCACAUCACUGGGUACAUCCACCAUCAUUACCCACAAGUUUCUGCUGUCAGGCUGAGCCGAGGAGACCGACCUUCGCCACAGUCACUGGUGAAGUACCGGCUUAUAGCUAAAGAGGCCAUCUUGUCUCUAUGCUGUGAGGCAGUUGACCUGGGUCGCUUUGUCACCGAACUUCAAUCCAGACUCUCUCAGUCUGACUCCACCCCCCGCAGCCCUGUAAUCCUGACCCAGGAGCAGGCAGAGACUCUGAUCCUGAGCGACCACGUGGUGUCCAACCUGCUGCCCGGUAAAACCAUCAUCAACGACUGGGAGCCUCUGAAGCCUAUGAAGGAGAACCUGGAGGUUCUGAGACGCAGGGGGCUGACGUGGAUCAUUGACCGAGAGACUGAGCCCACCGCUGUCAGCCUGUGCACCACGCCAUACGUAGUCCCCUACCGCCACGAUGCCUUACACUUCAACAUCAACAUCUUUGGUCACCGUCUGGCCUCAGUUUGUGCCGUGUUCUUGGCUCAGCUCCAAGCCUUGUUGCCAAGCCUCCAGGGUUACCUGGUCUUCUACACCUAUCUGGACCCGUCCCUUUGGGCGGGGCUACACAGAUUCUGUGAGAACCAGAGCAGUGUGUCGUUCUUUAGCGACUACUGUGAGGAGUUUGUACUGGAGAAAGACCUGGCUACUUCAUAAAUACUGCACACUGUUGAGAAGAAGUUAAACUAGGCUCAGUUCUUACUGUCCCUUUCCCUCUACAAUGGAUUUCUCACACUAAAUACUACCCCAGUUCCAAAAAAGUUGGGGCGCUAUGAAAAAAAUGUAAAUCAAAACAGAAGUCAAUGAUUACCAAAUCUCAUAAA